AUAAAAUUGGUUUCUUGUACUUGUUCAGUAGAACCUAGUCAGUAAAUAAAUAGUAAAUACAAUUAUAUAUUUCAUGUAUAGUGCUUUAAUGUAUAUUGGAUAUCUGUCCACCUAUUUGUAGCCGCUUUUACCUCUUGUAGUUGUAACUCAAUAACUUAACUCUAAUUAAUUAGAUAUUUGCAUUUUUGAAUGAAAUUGCUUAGUGUUGUGCGACCUGUUCAACUUCCUGGUCCUCGUGGACUUCGCCUGACGGGUCCAUCAAGGGGAGCUCUUGCACGUCUUCCUGUUGGGCUUUUGACAAGAGGUGGUCGUAAUGUGUUCUCAUCUCCAGUUGCUGAAAGUAUAUCACCAUCCAAAAAGUUGCCAUCAAAAUCUCGCUCCCCUAGUCGUUCUCCAGUUUCCAAACCUUUAAAGGAUUGGCAGAGAAAACGUUCAUAUAGAUCCAGGUCUAGUUCAUCCUCAAAAUCACUUGGCUCCCCUCAUUCUUCGUCCUCAAGUAGUUUCAGGACAAAACGCCACUGGCGUCGGGAUUCUCGGUCGCGCUCUGGUUCUCGACAUACACAGCGAAAAACGAAUGAUGUAAAGGAUUCUCAAAAAAGUACACCACAACCAGUCGCCAGGGGGAAUUCCAAGGGUAGACGACGAAGACGCGGUGGUGCCUCAAAUGCUGACUCGAGUACUGACGCGAAUACCUCAAAUGAAGAUACAACAGCUGCAAGGGGUCGUGGACGCGGCAACUGGCGAGGUAAACGUGGAAAUAUUUCGAAGCAGACUCCACCGAGCGAGUCUCGCCUUACCCAACGAGCCAGUAGGUUUAAAGACCAUCUGACUCAGUCAUCCAUUGGGUCAGGCUCAAUUGGACGAACUACCAGUCAGCUGCUUUCAAACUACACUGACGAGCGUGAUGAUUUGGUUGUUGAUUUUGGUAGCUGUCAAAUCAUCGGUACUAUGCAGGAAAUAGAAAAACAGUAUUUAAGACUGACUCGAGUAAGCUUUGUUAGUUUGUUCAGUGUAUUCUGUAGUAUUUUCUCAGUUGUCUUUUAACUAAGAACUUCUUUUUUUUAACUAGUUAUAUAUUUUCAAAAGAAAGAAGUCAUCGUAUCUAAUGGAGGAAGGACACGGAAAAAACUUUGUUUAUUGUAAUCAGUCAGUCAGCAACAAUGUAGAACUUCGUACGUACAUAUACCAGUACAAGUUGCCAUACCACAUUAGCACAGAGAUGUAAUUGUCAAUUCAAGUCCAAUAGUAGUAGAGGUAGUAAAGGUAUGAGCAAUAGUCGGAGACGUUAGGAUUAGAAGAUACUAUUCAAGAAGUAGAAUCUAGUGAAGUAGACUUCUUUGGUACACCUUUCAAUGACAAACACUGCCACAGAACCUCACGACCAACAGAGUCGAAUGCCGCCUUAAGGUCCAGGAAGACAACUAUUGCAGGACGCCUAAAUGUAUGCCUGUGUUCCAGGACCUGUCUUAGUGUGAAAAUGUGGUCUAUACAUCCACGUCCAAGUCUAAAACCAGCCUGUUUUUCUCUAGUCUGAGGUUAGUGUACGAGAUGCAUGCAUAACGGCUUUUUCUGACGCGUCUGGAAACUAAUGUGAAAUAGCAGCACCUAGGCCAUAUGCUGAAGCGUCUGCUGCUACGAUGAUCGGCAUGGAUGGAUCGUAGUGUGCUAAUAACAAUUCCGAGCUAAUUAUAGACUUAAGUUUACGAAAAGCCGCGUCACACUCUUUAGUCCAAUUCCAUGUGCUAUGCUUCUGCAGUAGAAAAUGUAACGGAGCGCGAAUAUCAUGCAUCGAGAGAACAAAUGCUGAAUAAUAACUGAUUAGUCCGAGAAAAGAUCGUAAUUCCGAGACAUUAGUGGGAGUGGGAAUCAGUUUAAUAGCUCGGGUGUUCUCAGGAUCCGGUCUGCGACCGUCGGCAUCAAAGAUGAAUCCCAAAUACUUUACCGACUGCAAUAAAAACUGGCACUUCUCUGGGCGUAACCGGAAACCGUUGUCACUGAUGCGUUGUAGUACCAAUGUCGUGCGUUCCCGUAGCUGUUCUAACGUCUUCGCAACAAUUAAGAUAUCAUCGAGAUAAGCUGCAACCCCUGAGAUAUCUGAUAGGAUAGUAUCAAUUAGUUCCUGGAAGAUAGAUGGGGCAGUCUUAACUCCAAAAGGCAGACGGUUGUACUGGAACAAACCACGAUGAGUAUUGAUAAUAAGCAGCUCUUUUGAUGCUUCAUCUACUUCCACUUGCAAAUAAGCAUCAGCUAGAUCGAGCUUUGCACAUAACUUUCCCCCAUUCAGCAUAGUGAACAGAUCUGCGGAAACUGGCAGAGGAUAAGGAUGCUGUUCCAGAGCUGCAUUGAGACCUGUAGAGAAGUCAGCACAUAUUAUGCAUCGUGCCGUUGGCCUUCUUGAUAACGACUAUAGGUGCUGCCCAAGUAGAGUAAGGAACGGGAGUAAUAACUCCUUGUCGUUGAAGGUGAUCCAACUCUUCAUCUACUGUUGCUAAUGUUGCAUAAGGUACGGGUCUCUUUGGACCGAAAGCCGGCUUAGCCUCAGGUUUCAACCUAAGUGUUGCUUUCAUGGCAGUGCACCGACCUAAUUCAGGUUGAAAACUGUCCGUCAUCAGCUUCCUCUUAUACGAUUCAGGGUCAUGUGGUUGUGAUACCAGGUGGCGGGAGAUCAGCCAAUUUUAGCUGGUCGAACCAUUCUAAACCAAGUAAAUUUAGAUCA